UACCCAAGAAUCAGGGCAAGGGUUUGUCCUGCCCUUCUCGCCCGGCUUCCUCAGGUUACCAAUUCCAGAACCUCUUACACCCAAUAACACUCCCGAGGUGUCAGCACUCGGGCUUGCCCCGCCCUCAGUGAUCGGCUCCUCUUGGAGUUCGGUGCAUGGGCCUCCCGUACCCAAUAACUCCCCGCUACUGUCACUGCAAGGAUCCUAUCAGUUCUCAGGACCCGGCUCUUCCCGACUGUCAGUAGACGCAUCUGUUAUGCUCUCGGAGUCUUCCCGAGUGUCGGUGCAAGGGUCGCCCCCACCCUCAGUGCUCAGUACCCCCCGCAGUUCACUGCCGGGAUCUGCCCCGCUCUUGGACUCCUCUCGAGUGUCGCUGCAAGGGUCCGCCCCGCCCUCCAAGCUCAGCUCCCUCCCGGCUCCGCAGCAAGGAUCCGCCCAGCUCUCCGAGUCCACCCCGCCCUCAGUGCCCGGCUCCCCCCGGGAUUCGGUACAAGGACCUCUUACGCCCAGGAACGCCUCCCGAGGGUCGGCACAAGGGUCCACCCAGCCCUCCGUGCCCGGCUCCCCCCGGGAUUCGGUACAAGGACCUCUUACGCCCAGGAACACCUCCCGAGGGUCGGCACAAGGGUCCACCCAGCCCUCCGUGCCCGGCUCCCCCCGGGGUUCAGUACAAGGACCCCUUACGCCCAGGAACACCUCCCGAGGGUCGGCACAAGGGUCCACCCAGCCCUCCGUGCCCGGCUCUCCCCGGGAUUCGGUACAAGGACCUCUUUCACCCAGAAACAACCCCGGAGGGUCGGCACAAGGGUCCACCCAGCCCUCCGUGCCCGGCUCCCCCCGGGAUUCGGUACGAGGACUUCUUACGCCCAGGAACGCCUCCCGAGGGUCGGCACAAGGGUCCACCCUGCCCACAGUGCCAGGUGCCCCCCGAACAUCCGCGGAAGGAUCGGCUCCGCCCCCGGGCUCCCCUGACGGAGCAGUGCAAGGGGCUGCUCCGCCCUCAGUGCCGGGCUCUGCCCGAGUGUCGGUGGAAGAAUCGGCUCCGCCCCCGGACUCCCCCAGAGAGUCGGUAGAAGGGCCCGCCCCGCCCUUGGCCCGCUCCACUCCUAUACCUACGCCCCGGGAGAGUCUCAGCCAGAGCAUGGAGAGUGAGGAGAAGUCGAGUAUUGCGGGCCACAUGUUCGACGUCGUCGUGAUAGGAGGCGGCAUCUCAGGAUUGUCUGCUGCCAAACUCUUAGCUGAACAUGACGUUAACGUUUUGGUUUUAGAAGCACGGGACAGAGUUGGAGGGAGAACAUACACUGUGAGGAAUGAACAUGUCAAUUACGUAGAUGUUGGUGGGGCUUAUGUGGGACCAACCCAGAACAGAAUCUUACGUUUAUCCAAGGAGCUGGGUCUAGAAACUUACAAAGUGAACGUAAAUGAACGUCUUGUACAAUAUGUCAAGGGGAGAACUUAUCCAUUUCGGGGGGCCUUUCCACCGGUAUGGAAUCCCAUUGCCUAUUUGGAUUACAACAAUUUGUGGAGGACAAUGGAUAACAUGGGGAAGGAGAUUCCAGCGGAUGCACCGUGGGAGGCCCCACAUGCUGAGGAGUGGGACAAGAUGACCAUGAAAGAUCUCAUCGAUAAAAUCUGCUGGACAAAGACUGCUAGGCAGUUUGCAUCGCUCUUCGUGAACAUCAAUGUGACCUCUGAGCCCUAUGAGGUGUCUGCGCUGUGGUUCUUGUGGUACGUGAAGCAGUGCGGAGGCACCACUCGGAUAUUCUCAGUCACCAACGGGGGCCAGGAACGGAAAUUUGUGGGUGGAUCGGGUCAAGUGAGUGAACGGAUAAUGGAACGCCUCGGGAACAGAGUGAAGCUGAGGUGCCCUGUCACCUAUGUGGACCAGUCAGGUGACAACAUCAUCAUCGAGACGCUGAAUCAUGAAACUUACGAGUGUGGAUACGUAAUUAGUGCCAUCCCGCCAACUUUGACUGCCAAGAUCCACUUUAGACCUGAACUUCCAUCGGAGAGAAACCAAUUAAUCCAACGUCUCCCGAUGGGAGCCAUCAUUAAGUGCAUGAUGUAUUACAAGGAGGCCUUCUGGAAGAAGAAGGAUUACUGUGGUUGUAUGAUCAUUGAGGAUGAGGAAGCUCCAAUUUCAAUAACCCUGGAUGACACCAAACCAGAUGGAUCGCUGCCCGCUAUCAUGGGUUUCAUACUUGCCCGAAAAGCUGACCGACUCGCCAAGCUCCAUAAGGAAAUCAGGAAGAAGAAGAUCUGUGAGCUCUAUGCCAAAGUAUUAGGAUCCCAAGAAGCUUUACAACCGGUGCAUUAUGAAGAGAAGAACUGGUGCGAGGAACAGUACUCCGGGGGCUGCUACACUGCCUACUUCCCCCCUGGGAUCAUGACGCAUUAUGGCAGGGUCAUUCGCCAACCGGUUGGCAGGAUUUACUUUGCUGGCACAGAGACAGCUACACACUGGAGCGGUUACAUGGAAGGGGCAGUAGAAGCCGGUGAACGGGCGGCUAGAGAGGUCUUGAAUGCUUUGGGGAAGGUGGCCAAAAAAGACAUAAGAGUCCAGGAACCUGAAUCAAAGGAUGUUCCAGCUAUGGAGAUCACCCACACCUUCUGGGAGAGGAACCUCCCUUCCGUGGCAGGCCUACUGAAGAUCAUUGGCUUCUCCACAUCAGUCACCGCCCUGUGGAUUGUGGCUUACAAAUUCAGGCUGCUGACACGAUCUUGAGGUUUCGGCCUCACGCUUUCUGCUUACUCUUUUCCCAGCAUCAUCAAAAGCAAAAUGUUGGCAAAGGCCGUAUCAUUGGACCAUCUUUAAAUGCACUGGUUUUCACCCAUAAGUUUAGUCUCAGUUGGUGUCAACGUAAAACCACCCAAAGAAUCACCUCGUUAAUUUCAGUAAGAUCAAAGCUCCAUCACAUUCUUUGCCUUGUGUCAUCUAACUUGUGUUGGCUGGUAGAAUAAAACCUUGUGACCAGCUCCCUAAUUUCAAGAUAUGUGAUUGAAAUGCUGAUGAGAAACAAUUUCUGUGUCCUGUUUUGCUCUUUUAUAACUGAAACGCCGAAUAAUUGCAGAAAUGAAGCGGUUCACUUUCUCUUUGUAGAGGUUGAAUAGGAGGCGACCCAGCCCGAGACCGUCCUUUUCACUCCUUGGGAAACAGGGAAGCGUGGGCCCAGAGCCAAGAGGUGGGGCUGAGCCUGGGGAUGAGCAGCUCCCCCUUUGGAGGAGGCAGUGAAAAAGAAAUGAAAACAAUGGAGGUGUAGACCAUUGAGGGACAUCUUAUGGGUCAUCCUGGCCACUUCUUCCUGUGAAGUCUCUAGACUUCAGGCAACUUGAUGUGACUUGUGUGUAGCUCCCCAGGAAAGCAGAGCAGACUUGUGGUGGACUGUCCCCCAGAAGGCUUCCUGGUGAGCACUGCAGGAGACUGACUAUAGUAGGCAUUUUCUCUUCCUCUUGGAAGAUGGCUAGACAGCACGAUAACCUCCUCUGCCGAUUUAAAAAAAGUAUUUUUAUUUUUUCAGGUAGACCCUGACUGUCUGAAGGCCCCUAGUGGUGUAUUUUUUUUUUCUUUUUUCCUAAGACCACAGUAGAAUUAAGCAGAUCCGUUAACUUGAUUGACGGAGUUACCUUUGAGUAAAUAUUAACAUGCUGAUCUCUUUCAAACAGGAACUGAAAUACACAUGAUAAAUUCUGAUUGCUAUUUGUCGAGACUAUCAAAUAGAGAAAGGAAACUGGGGCUUUAUAUUAUAAUCUCACUGACUUUAGUUAUUAAGUUUAUAACAGACAUGAAAUUGAGUGGUUUUAAUAUGAAGACUGAGUUCUCUAUUUUAGGAGUAAUAUGCACCCAGAGCAGUGCCCACCUCUUUCUGGCCUUCACCAUUUAAAAAACUCAGAUUUCUUAAAGCCCCCUCCAGAGGUUUCAGCAUCUAGGGGGAAAAGUCAACACCAAUGUGAUCAAAGACAGUUGACAAGGCUCAGUGGACUUGGGUCCACAGGUGGAUACAGAGUUCACCUUAUCCCAUAUCAUUGAUGAAUGAGGCAUUUCAUUUUAGAAGAAGUUUCUAGAUAGCUGAAGUUUACUCUAUUGUGGACCAAAAAUUUUACAUAAAGAUGUUGCUGGGUAUACUUCCACAUAUUAUUCAAUAAGAUUCAUUCCAGUUUACCUUUUUUAAUUAAUCAGGUCAAUCCUUAUGUGUCUUGAUCAUUUUAUAAUUUUAUAAGAGAGUGAUAGAUACCAUUGUGUAUGCACCUCUACUGAAUGUCACAUGAUUGUUUUAUAGCUGGUGAAUCUACUGCUUCUUCUCUCAUACUGCUCUUCCCAUUUUCAGGAUUUUCAUACCCUUAUUAUCUCCUAAUACCUCUUAACCUAAUCUCCUAUCUUCUACUGAAUGAGAAUUAAAGAUUGCCAGGGAAAAUCAACCCAAGUUUCUUACAUAAUUAACCUUAUUAAUUCACAAGUCUCUGGACCCUGAUAAUGAGGACUUAAGGUUUCCAGUUUUGCCUAUCCUAAGAGCAAAGAGCAGGAUUUUUCCGCCACUCUUUGUAAUUGAAAAGUGUUUUGGCUAACUAGGAGUUUGGGUAAUAUCUUGGAUAUGCUCCAGUCCAUAAGGAGUUGGUGCCUAUUAUAUCAAACUGCUUGGAGAAAUCACAGCCCUGAUCUAUUUCAGUUGUUUCUGUUCACUUACUGAUUAACUUUGUUCUGACACACCUUUUGGGAAAUGCUGACUUCAGCUUCUUAAUUGGCAGCAGUUUUAACAGUAAGGAGGUUGUUAACAUUAUCUGUAUUUAAUGCUGAAGGACUCCUGAGUACGUAAUUUACCCUCCUUUCAAACUUUUUAGAAAACCAAUAAUUUACCCAAAUGAGAUCAGCCCCAUUAAACUGUUGAUUAAACUGUAGAUCGAGCUUAAAAAUGAAUGCUAUUCCAGGUGUGCUGAGAUGCGAAAUCAGAGCUGAGAACUCCCACCAUUUUAUUUGUCCACCACCAAGAUCCUAUAGGCCUUUCUUUCCACCCCAAGAAACUAGAGGCAGUUUAAGCAGCUGAUAGAGCCUGGCAUCUGCUUCAAAGUCCUGAAGGCUGCGUGGGCCUCACUCCACAGUAAGGUUGAGAAUUAAACUUAAAAAGGUAACCUUUUUGUGACAACUGUUAAAGAAGGUCUUGAACCGCACUGAAGAGAAAAUACCGAAGGAUCGUGAACUCUGUUUAGUUUGAUUGUGAACUUGGUGCCUAAUGUUCUGUCUGAAAUGUGCCCCAGUGCUACAUGUGGGAGUAUGCAUAUGUGUGUGUUUUGCUGUUGAAGUAAUGAUUUUGCCCGUAUGGUACUGUUUUGUUUGUUAAUAAAGUGCACUACCAUCCCUGAUGCA